AUAAUGGAGGCAAACAAAACACAGAUGACUGAGUUUGUUCUCACAGGACUUACAGAUCGUCCAGGACUGCAGGUCCCCCUGUUCCUGGUGUUCUUGGUCAUCUAUCUCACCACCCUGGUGGGCAACCUGGGACUGAUUUUGCUCAUCUGGAGGGACCCCCACCUUCACAUCCCCAUGUACUUAUUCCUCGGCAGUUUAGCUUUUGCAGAUGCCUGUUCUUCAUCCUCUGUGACUCCCAAGAUGCUAAUUAAUUUUUUAUCUAAGAAUCAUAUGAUAUCCCUGGCUGAGUGCAUCACCCAAUUUUAUAUUUUUGCUUCCAGUGCAAACACAGAAUGUUUCCUCCUGGUAGUGAUGGCCUAUGACCGCUAUGUAGCCAUAUGUAACCCCUUGCUUUAUCCAGUAGUAAUGUCCAAUAUCUUCUGCAUUCAAUUAUUAGGUGUUUCAUAUAUUAUUGGGCUUCUUCAUCCCAUGAUGCAUGUUGGUUUGUUAUUUAGAUUAACUUUCUGCAAGUCCAAUGUAAUACAUUAUUUCUACUGUGAAAUUUUACAACUGUUUAAGAUUUCCUGUACUGACCCUGGAGUUAAUAUGCUC